AUGAGGCGUUUUGCAAGUGGGUUGUUUGGCAGGUGGGGUGCCGCACAGUGCGGGGUGGUGCCUUUUCGGAGUCACCCGAGUCUUUUGCCCCUGAUGAACAGGGUGCGCUGCUUCUCUAUGAUUAAUGCUGCUUACGAGGGAUCGGCCCCCGCAACGAGCUCGAAUAUCGGCGGCCCGCAUGCCCCACCGAAGACAAAUGCUUCUGCAGUGUCAACAAAGCACGACGUCUCUAUCACGGACGGCAAUGGUGAUCGUGUCGACGUCACCCCGCUAAACUCAUUUGAAGAGUUGCGCGAUGCACCGCGAUGGCUGGCGGAGGGGUUGAAGACGCUCAAGUACCCUUCCACGACUGACAUUCAGAAGUUUACAAUACCCUUACUGGCCGACGGCCACGAUGUUAUCGGACUUGCACCGACAGGCUCGGGGAAGACGGUGGCGUUCGCGGUUCCAGCCCUGGCGGGGUUCAAGCCCAACCCCGAUGGGACGCCGUCUGUUCUGGUUCUAGCUCCCACGAGGGAGUUGGUUCAGCAAACCACCAAGGUGUUUCAGAACCUCGGAUGUGGGCAGGUGCGCGUCUGCGAGGCCUACGGUGGUGCCUCGCGCGAUCUACAGGCCCGCCGUCUUCGCAACGGCUGUGACGCUCUCGUUGCCUGCCCAGGACGACUCAAGGACUUUCUCGACGGCGGGGACGUGUCCAUCCGUAAUCUGUCGUUUCUGGUCUUUGACGAAGCAGAUCGCCUUCUCGACAUGGGGUUCCAGGUUCACUUGGAUGAGAUUAUGGCCUACCUCGACUCGGCCUCACAUCCGCAGACCAUGAUGUGGUCGGCGACGUGGCCGGAGUCGGUGCAAGAGAUGGCGCGCAAAUAUCUAUCCGACGAUCGUGUUUUGAUUCGAGCCGGUACAGCCGGCGCGGGGCUGCAAGUGAAUGAGCACAUUAAGCAAGAGGUUAUCUUUUGCAGAACCUUCACAGAGCGCAUUGAGAAGCUUGGGUCGUUGGUCGAGGAUGGGACCAUCGACGACGACAAGGACAAGCUCAUCAUCUUUGUGGAGCGCCAGGCGGAUACGGAAAACACAGCCAGGGCUUUCAGCCACCGACUAGGAAUUGAUGCACGCUACGUAGGGACAAUUCACGGCGGUCUGUCGCAGCGGCAGCGGGACAGGGUCAUGGGGAUGUUCAAGAGUAACCACAUUCGCCUUCUCGUCGCGACCGAUGUUGCUUCUCGAGGUCUCGACAUUCCUGAUGUGACGUGCGUGGUGAACUUUCAGGCUCCAAAAACCAUUGACAGCUACUGCCAUCGCAUCGGUCGCACCGGCCGCGCCGGUCGCACCGGCACGGCUUACACAUUCCUUGGCGAAGAGGACGGUGGUCUCGCAACAGAACUUGUCAACUACUUGACUCGGUGUCGUGUCACUGUCCCAAAGGAGUUGAUGCGGCUCGCCGAGAACUACCAGCAUCGGAUGCCGCAGCAGAGGCAGCGCUUCAGGGGGGUUGAUCGAGGAGGUUUCUCCAGGAGAGAGAACAACAGUGGGUUUGACCGCCGCCGCAGCGAUCGAGGCAAUUCACGCGAAUUCGUGCCUCGCAGGCCCAACUCGCGCAAGGUCGAUGACGAUCUUCCAUCCACGUUGGACUGGUGA